ACGAGAUGAAGCAGCUAUCUACAUUCGAUGCUGGCCAUGAAGACCUUAUACAUGAUGUUGUUUAUGACUAUUAUGGAACAAAGUUGAUUACUGUUUCUUCUGACCAACGGAUCAAAGUAUGGCAGGUUGAAGAUACAGGCGCAUGGAGUCUCAAUGAUGUUUGGAAGGCCCACGAUUCAUCGAUCGUCAAGGCAUCUUGGGCUCAUCCAGAGUUUGGACAAGUCUUUGCAUCUUGCUCAUUUGAUAAAACUGUUAAAAUCUGGGAAGAGCAGGAACAGGAGCAAUGUCAGAGUGGUCGACGAUGGACUGAAUGUGCCACAUUGACAGAGAGUAGAGGAUCUGUACACGAUAUUGAGUUUGCACCUAAUCAUUUGGGACUAAAAUUAGCUGCGUGUGGGUCUGACGGUGUAUUAAGAAUAUAUGAAGCCAUGGAUGUUGUUAAUCUGACUUCUUGGACUCUAAUGGAAGAGAUUGAGAUUGUUUCUGGGGGAUCCAAGGAGUCGGAUGGUCUUUACUGCGUAUCGUGGUGCCAAUCUCGUAUGGAGUCCCAAAUGCUUGUUGUUGGAUGCGGUCGUGACCAUACUGCCAAAGUAUAUCGUGUUGAUUAUCAUGGGAAAUGGCAGCCAUACGAGGUACUUCCAGGACAUGGUGAUACUUUGUGUGAUAUUGCAUGGGCACCAACUAUGGGACGAAGCUACCACUUGAUUGCAACUGCUUGUAAGGAUGGACAUGUAAGAAUUUUCAAAUUGACUGAUGAAACUAAUCGCUCGGGCGUCGUGGGACUACAUGACACAUCUAUGCAAAAGCAUUUUCGAGUUGAUUUGAUAGCAGAUUUUGACAAUAACGGUGCAGAGGCAUGGCGGGUAGAGUGGAAUGUUACAGGUACAAUUUUGUCGUCUAGCAGUGAUGAUGGCAAUGUUCGAUUAUGGAAAGCAUCAUAUUUGGAUGAUUGGAAACUUAUCAGCACUAUAUGCGCCGAGCAAUUUGAACCCACAUCCGAGACUAAAUAAACUGCACAGUUAUCUUUACAUC